ACAUGCAUAGAGAGAGAGAGACACACACACACACACACACACAAACACACACACACACACACACACACACACAGAGACAGAGAGAGCGAGCGAGCAUCAUCAUCACAACACCGGCUGACAGCUCCCUCUGCCUGGACACCGAGCGGGAGGACGACCGGGGCUUUGGAGGUUAAAUCCAGAGGAACCGGGCUGGAGGCCGAGCAGGAGCCGAGAGAGAGACGCGGGUGCACCGGUGGUUGCAGCAGCAGCAGCGGGGGACGGAUCCGGGGAGAGUCGCUCGGUUUCCCGGUGCUUCACACACCCUGAGCCUCUGCAGCGGCAGCGGGGAGCAGGAGGAGCAGAGAGGAGCAGGAGGAGCAGGAGGACCAUGGAGGGGAUGCAGGCUUACGGAGCCGGGAAAGCCGGAGGAGCCUUCGACCCCGUCACCUUCUUCCAGCAGCCUCAGACCAUUCUCCGCAUAGUGUCUUGGCUCUUCUCCAUCGUGAUCUUCGGCUGCAUCGCCAACGAGGGCUACAUCAACCGCCCCAAUGAGGUCGAGGAGUACUGCAUCUUCAACCGCAACCAGAACGCCUGUAACUACGGCGUCUUCAUGGGCUCCAUGGCCUUCCUGUGCUGCAUGGCCUUCCUGGCUCUGGACGUGUACUUCCCCCAGAUCAGCAGCGUCAAAGACCGGAAGAGGGCCGUGCUGGCUGACAUCGGGGUGUCGGCUUUCUGGUCCUUCAUGUGGUUUGUGGGUUUCUGCUUCCUGGCCAACCAGUGGCAGGUGACAAACCAUGAUGACAACCCGCUGAGGGAGGGAGGUGACGCUGCCCGGGCAGCCAUCACCUUCUCCUUCUUCUCCAUCUUCACCUGGGCGGUCCAGUCCUUCCUGGGCUUCCAGAGGUACAAGCUGGGCGCCGACUCGGCCCUUUUCUCCCAGGAAUACAUGGACCCCAGCCAGGACGCAGCCGCAGCCCCCUACACCUCCUUCGGUGGAGACGUCCUGGAGAGCCCGGGAGGCGGAGGAGGAGGAGGAGAAGGAGGAGGAGGGACCCAGGCCAACAGCGACAGUGUAUUCGAUGGCACUGGAGGCUACCAGCGUCAGGACUACUGAGAUGUUAGGAGAGGAUCUGGAUGACGUUGCCCAAAGUUUCUAAUUUAGAGCAGUUUGUAUUGUUUCUAUGCGUAAAUGUAGAACAGGCAACACGUGGUUAACUUAUCCUGGUCCCAGUGGGUUGUCUUGAUCCAGUAUUAGACACAAAUUUUACUCUGAAAAAAUUAUCAUUCGAAUAUGGCAUAGGCAAAGGAUACACCAACAAAUAGUAAUAAACGGUGACAUGUAAUUUUAAAAAGGAAAAUAAUUAUAUUUUAUGAUGGAUUCAAAAGAAUACUAAUAUUGGGUCAGAACGAUGUAGCUUAGUUUUAGUUUUGACCCGGUGAUAUUAUUUAGCACAUGCAAAGAAUGAAUUAAUUAUUAUCCACAAUCUGCAAAUAAAUACAACACAACAUGGACUUAAUUAACACAAUGACAAAAAUCAUGAAAAACAUCAGACAAUGAAGAUUUAAAUAUCACUAAAGGAAAUUUAAGACAGCUUAUUCAACUUAAGAGGUGCAUUAACACCUGAACCCAGUUCUGGCCACAUUAGUUCUCUUUAGCCAGCGUGACUGGACAGUUUCAUACCCGUGUCAGAUCAGUUAUCGGACUCAAACAUCAGCUUCUGUGGGACAAACCACAGAAUCUGUCUCCAGGUCAGAAAUCUUGGGCAACCUCUCAGAUUUCCGGGUAGAAACUGGCGGUGGGAUAAAAGAUGUGUCUGUGAAGGUGUGAUGGCAGAGACGCUGGUGUUCGAUCGGAGGUCUUCCGGAGGGUUGAGGGAUUUAGAAAGAAACGGUCACACUGUAGCAGAUCAAUGCUCGUGACCUCACUGCCUUCAUCUUCAGAGGUCCACAGUCAGUCAGCUCAAACAAACACGUGCAAGCACAGGUCCACAGGCAUAUUGAUUUUAAACAGUUACAAGGUUCUGCUGACGAAACUCCUCAGAGGUGCAUUACAGGAUAUCAGCAUCAUGGUGUAACUGGCAACUAAUCCCCUCGACCGUGAAACAGGAGUGUGUGUGUGUGUGUGUGUGUGUGUGUGUGUGUGUGUGUGUGUGUGUGUGUGUGUGUGUGUGUGUGUGUGUGUGUGUGUGUGUGUGUGUGUGUGUGUGUGUGUGUGUGUGUGUGUGUGUGUGGAAAAGAACUCCUCUGUUGUUAGUUUUUUUUUAAGUUGAUGUGUGGAUGUCUGUGUUUUCCUGUUUCCCUCUCUCUCUCCUCGAUUAAUGCCUUCGUGCUGACUGCCAAGCUAAAUCCAACAAACACAGGGCAACGUACAUUUACCCAUCAUGCACCGCAUCACAGUUCUAUUAUGACAUCUCUAUGGUGAAACUGAAUUUUAAUCUGGUUUUGGUCCCUAAAACCCCCUCAAACAAAGACCAAUCGUUUGACGUCAUUCCAGAGCAGGUCAGUCAACCAACCACCCAGAAGAACAUCAGUUUAUUUAUCUAUCAUUUCCAAAAUUACAUCUGCAAACAACCAUGAACACCCUGAGUAUUUAUGAACAUGCAUUGCUCCUUUUUUCUUAAAGAAUAAAGUAUAACUAUCUCUCUAUAAAUAUGUGUAAAUCUAUAAUUCAGUAUAUUAUAGUGUUUAUUUUAGGGCAUUAUGCUAGUUCUGUAUAAAAAAGGAAAAGACAAAAGAAAGAAAAUCUGUGGUCCGUCAAGUGUUAUUGUGAUAAGAUAUAUACGGUUCAGUGAGGUCGUCCACGCCUCAUCCUUUAUGUUGCUUUCAGGGUAAGGAGAUGCUUUUAUUUUGGAAUAAUAAUAUCUACUAUCAAAAAAAAAAUACAGCAACAAAAAAUGUGACCAAAUUAUUAAAAAAAAGUAUAUAUGCACAUAUAUAUACUUUAUACUGUACAACAGUGUAGACUUAGACAUGUGUGUUCUGUGAAAUAUGUUAAAAAGUGAAGGUAAGAUGUAAAGAAAACGAUUGUGUACAAAUGUUUUUGAUGUGUUUGAUUUUAACCAAUAAAAAUAAAGAAAAUGCUGAUAAAGGUUGAA